CGGCAGACAGCGGUGUGUUGUUGAAACGGAGCUCCUCUCAAAUGAGGGGAAAUGUUGACGCUCGGAGUCGGAAUGACGGUUUGACUCCGGCGUGAAGCAGCGACAUUUAAAGACUGUCAAAAAAAGAAGAAAAAAAAGAAAAGUGAACAUGUCUGGAGUGCAACAGGACCAAGCUAGGAAGCGACGCCCCUCCAAAAUGUUUUUGAUCUCGACCGACCUGAAGGUCCAAGACCAGCUGGAAGGUACCAUUCGGCUGCAGCGGGGGUUUAUGUGCCAGGAGCAGGAUGCGAGCAGAAACAGAGGAGACUGGCUAUGGGUCAAGGUGUUAGACAAUGGUGUCAUGGUGAAAAUAGACAGGAAGUACCUGCUGGAUGUCCCGAGUGACCUUACCGGUCUGCUGGAGCCUGUCACUGACCCGGAGGCUCGUCUGAAGCACCUGGCCGAUCCUGAGAAGCUGCGUCACAUGAUAACUUUACCCCUCGGUGCCCCACUGUGGGUCCAGAUCGGCCAAAAGGACGAGCUAGCAGAGGCAGAGCUCAAAUACAUCGGGCCGCUGACCAGAGGAGGCAGUGAUGUUUGUUUUGGAGUCCAACUCAAGGGUUCAGCAGCAGGUAAAGGAGUGAGCAACGGUUCCUUCAAAGGCCAGCGUCUGUUCGCCUGUCCGGACGCCUGCGCCCUCUUCCUCCCGGUCAGUGACAUCAGGCUCCGACACUGGUCCAGCAGAGGUGACCCCGACGCGCAUGAGCGACACCGCGAGCGAGACCACCACCGCCGCAGCGGCGGUAAUCACCCGAGCAACGGGCAACACAGCAACAACAGCCGCCCGAAUCACCAUCACCAUCAACAACAACAACAACAACAGACCAGGCGCCACACCAGCUUCAACCAGCAGGGGUCCAGCAGUUCUUCUCAGGUUCAGGCCCCCGGCGUUGUCUCUCGAACAGCGGAGUCGGCGCCUGCCACCGCGCAAAACCGACAAGCAACGUCGUCGGCACCACUGGCUUCGUCGUCGUUCGCUGUCGGCCAGCGUGUGUCCUUCCCAAUGGAGGACAAUGUCGGUGACGGGGAGGUGCGAUUCUGCGGUCUGCUGCCCGGACGCCCCUCGUCAGGGAUGUACGUCGGCAUUCUGCUGGACGCUCCUGUUGGAAACUGGGACGGCCAUUACAGAGGAGAGAAGCUCUGCCACAUUCCUUCCUCCCUUUAUGGGCUACUACUGCCAAUCACCAAGGUUACUGCCGAGCUAAAAUCCCACCGUCACAGUCCUCAACAAACCUCUAAACCCUUGUUGAAGCAAGCUCCGCCCCCCAACGCCAAACCAGGUCCUCCGUCUCCUGCCACCUCCGCCUCCAAGGUCGCCCUGUUGCCGCCCAAACUGCCGCUGAAAUCUCCUCCACUGCCUCCGCCCAAACUCUUCCAUAAGCCUCUUCCCCCGCCCCCCAAACCUCGCAGUCCAACGUCGCACGUCGCCGCGGAGCAUCCACAACACACCAACGGCGCUCACGGCUUCGCCCCCCCGCUGCUGUCGCCAGAUAACGUGGAAGUGUUCAGCGAGAACGGGGAGUCGGGGCUGGAGAGCGAGCUGGAGGUGGGCUCGCUGGUGGAGGUCAACGACCCGCCCAUUUAUGGAGUCAUCUGUUGGAUAGGACGCAUCAGUGGGGUUUCUGAGCUCGUCGCAGGAAUCGAGCUGGAUCAGGAGCUGUCUGCGGGAACAGACGGCAGUUACCUCGGCGAACGCCACUUCCGCUGUCCGCCGAACAAAGGUCUGUUUGUCAAACUCAGAAACUGUAGGCGGGACUCCAGGUUCCCCGCACCUGAAACCCCCGUCAAUCAAGUGGAGCGCUGCAACUCUAUAGCGUUCGCAGAGUGGGGCAGCGAGCGUGUGGAGGAGCACACGCCUCCUGUGGAGGGAGACGAGGCCAGCAAUCUGUACACCGGCUGGAAGAGGGGCAUCCAGGGUCAUCUGAACUCAUGCUACCUGGACGCCACGCUGUUCAGUCUGUUCUCCUGCUGUAGUUCUGCAGACUGGGUUUUGUUCUGGCCGUCCGACCCUGACACCAACCCAGACUCCAGUCAGGCUCAGGACCUGCUGCGCUGUGAGAUCGUCAACCCUCUACGAAGGUAUGGCUACGUAUGUGCCAGUAAGACCAUGGCUCUGAGGCGCCUGCUGGAGGCUGCGAAUAGUGACGGCGGCUUCACCAACCAGGAGAAAGAUCCUGAAGAAUUCCUCAACAGGCUUUUCCAGCUCCUCCGAGUCGAGCCGCUCCUCAAGAUCAGAUCGAUGACUCAGCAGCCUCAGCAGUGUCACCUCUACCAGCUCUUCCCUCCGACACUUCCCCACUCUCCCACCUCGCCUUCGCCAAACUCCCCCAUCGACUCCCCCAUCCCGCUCUCCUCGCCGCCGUCCAUUCGCAUGAGAGUGGCCAGCGUUCAGGCGCUGCUGGAGUCGUCCUUCCUCCACACCGGCCUCAAGUUUGCGGAGGCUCCUUCCUGCCUCCCGCUGCUCAUGCCCAGGUUCGGAAAGGACUUCAAGAUGUUUGACGCCAUCUUGCCCACACUUAGCCUGGACAUCACCGACCUCCUGGAUGACGCUCUGAGGCAGUGCAGUAUCUGUCAGGCGGUGGCAGAGUGGGAGUGUCUACAGUGUUACGACGACGGCGACAUCACACCCGGGCGACUCAAACAGUACUGUCCCACCUGCAACACACAGGUCCACAGUCACAGGAAGCGGGCGUCCCACAGUCCAGUGAAAGUCAGCGUUCCCGGCGGACCAUGGCCCGACUCCCUGCACUGUGCCCGCCAGCAAAUGUCUUUGUUUGCGGUGACGUGCAUCGAGACGAGCCACUACGUGAGCUUCAUCAAACACGGGCCCCUCCCCACUGACUGGCUCUUUUUUGACAGUAUGGCAGACCGAGAAGGUGGACAGAACGGCUUCAACAUCCCUCGUGUGAUGCCGUGUCCCGAGGUCGGGCGCUACCUCAAGUUAUCGGAGGAGGAGCUGAGUCGAGUCGACGCCGCCUCGUUACGAGAGCCCGCCCGGCGCCUGCUCUGCGACUCCUACAUGUGUCUGUACCACAGUCCCGAACUCAGUCUGUACAAGUGAUGUGGACGCACACACACACACGCGCGCACAACAACUGACUCACAAAGACGUUCGCGUCGUCCUCAGGUUCUGCUUUUUCUAUGUAGGAAAAACAGGUUUUGUCAGUUUUGUUUUUAUUUUCCACGUUAUAUAAAGCCAUUGAACACUGAAUAUAUUCAGCUUCUGUGGUUCUGUUUACACUCAGGGGGGAGGGGCUUAACCUCUCAUGUAUUUGUAAAUACGUCAAACGUUACAGCACUAAACGUCCAAUUUUCCGAUAAAUACACAUGCCCCGUCUCCAGACUCUGAUGUAAGUAAAUGCAGGAUUAUUUAAGUGCAAUGUUGAACUGAGAUUCUGUAAAGAAAACAAAAACAUAGAUGUUGUCAGAAAUCUUCACUUGUUACAUUCUGCUUGAGUUACAAGGACUUUUUUUUUUUGCUCGGUUUUACUUCAUCUUGAAGCUGGUUAAACUGACUAUUAAAAGUUAAUCCAUAUCAAAUGUGCCAAACGAACAAAUGAGUUGUAAUUUAUUUUUAAUUAAUUAAAGAUCCUUGCGCUCGUGACCUUGGAUAUUUCCGCCAGUGCUGAUAUUUAUGCCCCGUGUCACACACACACUGUACAGAACCACUGUCUCUGCAGUAAAACAACUAAACUAACACACAAAUACUUUACAUUCAAUUUGCACUGCUUCCUUUACAUGUCGGCGUGUAAAUAAAUGCCUUAAGCUGACGGUAAAGAUCACACACGAAACUUUUGUACUAAUGAUGAUGAGUGGUUUAAUAUUUAACAGCUGCAAACGAUAAGAAAAAUGUCCCUGUUAUUAAAAGAUUUGACAAGCAA